UGGAUCACGUGUCUUGGUUCUACUUUCAAACCUUCUUUUUCCCAUGUAUCGUCAUUCGUUACCAAAUAAUAACUGCCUUUCUUUGUUUGUUCUUUUUCACCCUAGUUUUUUCUGGCCCCAUUGUCUGAUUUUCAUUGAAUUACUGCUAGAUCUUUUUUAGGAAAAUGACCAACGCUUAAUUUCAACACUGCCCAUCUCUCCAAAAAAGGGAAAAAAAAAAAAAAAAAAAAGGAACAACUGCCCAUUUUGAUCACCGUCACCAUGCACGUUCUUUGUUAUUGCGAAAUUAAUCUUUUGGUCUAAUCUAAGCCCCACUUGGGUUGGUCAUAUAUAUUUUUUCCCCCUUGUUGGGUGUCUGUGAAAAUCAUUUGGCUCCUCAGAAUUUUGAUAAAAACCGAAAGUUUGUUUCACACAAAUCUGCUAGAGAAACUUGACAAUUCAAUAUAUGAUUAUUGUUGGCAACACAUAUAUAUCAUAUAAUGCUUGUAUCUUUGGAAAUGGAGUUCUUUUCCGUUGCUUUCUUGGGUUAGAAGCAUCAGAUGGAUGAUAAUCAAAACAACAACAACAAUAACAUCAAAGAUGUACCAAUGGUCAGAAUUCACUCCCAUCAGGAGAUAGGAUCUUUAGGAGUUGAGUUUGAGGACCAAAGCCUAUUUAGUCCCGAGUCACUUACUAGAAAGAAGCAUUCUUUUCACGAUCCUCUUCCUCCCCAUAGAUCCUUAUCUUCCGGUGGUUCAGAAAAUUGUUCUUCUCCUUCUCCUUCUUCUAUAUACAUGAGGAACACUGUGGUUGAAAGCAUCAAGAUUGUGGUCUUCUCCUCCAAACUCAAUUUGCUAAUGAUCUUUGGCCCUUUGGCAAUCUUGGUUGAUAAAUUUUCAGGCCAUAAUGCUUGGGUCUUCUUUUUGAGCUUAGUGGGCAUCAUACCUCUGGCUGAGCGUCUUGGUUAUACUACAGAGCAACUAGCUUGCUAUACUGGACCUACAAUUGGAGGUCUUCUGAAUGCUACAUUUGGAAAUGCAACUGAAUUGAUAAUAUCCAUUUAUGCUUUAAAGAGUGGCUUGAUUCGUGUUGUUCAACAGUCACUACUAGGCUCAAUCUUGUCCAAUAUGUUACUAGUGCUUGGAUGUGCUUUCUUUGCUGGUGGACUUGUACAUUCCAAGACAGAACAAGUCUUCAAUAAGGGAGCAGCCACAAUGAGCUCUGGACUGCUGUUGAUGGCGGUCAUGGGGCUGCUAUUUCCCGCAGUCCUCCACACCACGCGCACGGAGCUGCACUUUGGAAGGUCCGAAUUGGCCCUCUCUAGGUUCACUAGCUGCGUCAUGCUUGUGGCAUAUGCUGCCUUUCUUGUUUUUCAGCUGAAAAGCCAAAGUAACCUAUACCUUCCAGUUAAUGAGGGAGAAGGUCAAACCGAAGGGAAUUCGGAUGAUGAGGAGGCUCCUGAGAUCUCUAAGUGGGAAUCAAUAGUUUGGCUGUCUAUUUUGACUGCAUGGAUUUCAGUCCUCUCAGAAUAUUUAGUGGAUGCUAUAGAGGGAGCUUCUGUAAAGAUGCAUAUUCCAGUUGCAUUUAUCAGUGUUAUUCUUCUCCCGAUCGUCGGGAACGCGGCAGAGCAUGCAGGUGCAGUUAUGUUUGCCAUGAAAGACAAGCUGGAUAUAUCCUUGGGAGUGGCAAUAGGCUCAUCAACUCAGAUAGCUAUGUUUGGGAUUCCCUUUUGUGUGGUUGUAGGAUGGAUGAUGGGGCGUCCCAUGGACUUAAAUUUUCAACUUUUUGAGACGGCCACGCUUUUCAUAACUGUUCUGGUGGUAGCCUUCAUGGUUCAGGAAGGAACAUCAAAUUACUUCAAAGGACUGAUGCUCGUUCUUUGUUACAUUAUUGUUGCUGCAAGCUUCUUUGUCCAUGUAGACCCUCAUUCAGUAGCGGACAAGCACCCAAAACGUAGCCAUUGAAUACAUUUGUGAAUUUCCUGCACUGAAGGUAUUAAAAGUCAGUGUAGAUUGUUGUUGGAUAUAGUUUGCAGUUUCAUGUUGACAGUGAGAUAAUAGGAAUUAAAGAA